CGCGCGGCGCGAGGGACCGGGAGAGGAACCGGGAGCGGCUCCGGGAGCGGCCGCUGGGGAGGAUCCCGCGGCCGGUGCGGCCCGGGCGCGCCGCGGGGCACCCUGAUGGCCGCGCUCGGUACCGCGGCCUUCGUGUGGGACGGGCAGCGCAUCGAGGAGGAGGAGCUGAGGCGGUCGGCGCAGGAGCUGCAGCAGCUGCAGAGCCCCGGGCAGGCCCCGCCGCAGGAGCGCGGCUGGGAGCCGGUGAUGGAGCGCGAGCACUUCCGCCUCUGGCGCCGCCCCAUCCCGGGCUCCGCGCUCUUCCAGUACCGAGUUUUCGGCUCCUACACCGACGUCACUCCCAGGCAAUUCUUCAACGUCCAGCUGGACACCGAGUACCGCAAGCAGUGGGACUCGCUGGUGCUGAAGCUCGACGUGGUGGAGCGCGACCCGGCCACGGGCUCCGAGGUGAUCCACUGGGUCACGCAGUUCCCGUACCCGAUGUAUUCCCGGGAUUACGUUUACGUCCGGCGCUACAGCGUCGACAGCGACCGCAACCUCAUGGUGCUCGUCUCCCGGGCCGUGGAGCAUCCCGGGAUUCCUGAGGACCCCGAGCACGUCCGGGUUCGGAGCUACGAAUCCCACAUGGUGAUCCGGCCCCACCGCGGCUUCGACGAGAACGGCUUCGAUUACCUGCUGACGUACAGCGACAACCCCCAGACCGUGUUCCCACGCUACUGCCUCAGCUGGAUGGUGUCCAGCGGAAUGCCGGAGUUCCUGGAGAAACUGCACUCGGCGGCGCUGAAGGCCAAGAAGAUGGAGCUGGAGCUGCGCGACUGCCUGAGCCCGGCCAAGGGCCCCGAGCCCCGCGGGGCCGCGCGCCUGGAGUACGCCUGAGCGACGGCGGGAAAACGGCUGGAAAACAACGGGAAAAUGGCGGGAAAACAUCGGGAAAAUGGCGGGAAAAGUUUUGGAAAAUGGCAGGAAACAACAAGAAAAUGGCGGGGAAACAACGAGAAAAUGGCGGGAAAACAACGAGAAAAUAGCGGGAAACAACAAGAAAAUGGCGGGAAACCAACAAGAAAAUGGCGGGAAAACAACAAGAAAAUGGCGGGAAACAACGAGAAAAUGGCGGGAAAGCAACGAGAAAAUGGCGGGAAACCACAAGAAAAUGGCGGGAAACCAACGAGAAAAUGGCGGG